AUGAAAGCCCCCAAACCACAACUGCGCAGUCUCUACUACGACAUCCCCAGCCACCACAACUGCUGCCACACAACCGCCACUACGACAGCCGCUGCCACCACACUAUGCUACCACAACUGCAGCGGCCACCCCAACAGUACCAGCCACCACAAUCAAAACUACAACAGCCACCGCCACCACAACUGCUGCUGCUACAACAACUGCAACCACCACUACGACAGCUCCUGCCACCACAAUCACUACUACGACAGCUCCUGCCACUACAAGUGCAUAUGCCACUACGAAAGCAGCCGCAGCCACCACAACUGCUGCCACCGAAAGUACAGCCGCUGCCACAACAGCAUUUGCCACCACCUCAACUGCAUUUACCACUUCGACAACUCCCGCUCCCACCAAAACUGCAGCUGCCACCACAACAGUCCCAUUCACCAUAACUGCAAUCACCACUACGACAGCCACUGCCACCACAACUGCAGUUGCCACUACCAAAGCCCCUCUCACCACAACUGUAGCCGCAACUACAUCAGCACCUGUCACCACAACAGCAUCCGCCACAACAAAAGCCGCUGUAACCACAACUGCAGCCCACAGUACUACAGCAGCUGUCACAACAACUCCCCUCUCACCUCAACUGGAGCCACAACUACAUCAGCCCCUGCCACCACAACUGCAGCAGCCACUACAAUAACAGCCACUGCCACCACAACUGGAACCAUCACUACGCCGGCCCGCUGCCACCAGAACUGCAGCCGCUCCAAUGAAAUCUGUUUCAAGCAGAACUGCAGCUGCUACCACAACAGCAGGUUCAACAACCACAACUGCAGAUGCCGCUACAUCUGCAACUACAACUGUAACCGCAUCUACGACAGCCCCCGCUACCACAACUGCUGCCACCAGAACUGCAGCCGCAACUACAACAGCCCCUGCAACCACAACUGCAGCCGCUACUCCUACAGCCCCUGCCACCACAACUGCAGCUACAACUCCUACAGUCCCAGCCACCACAACUGCAGCCGCCACCACAACUGCAUCUGCCACCACAACUUUGGCCGCUACCACAACUGCUGCCACCAGAACUGCAGCCCCCACCACAACUGCAGCAGCCACCACAACUGUAGCCACAACCACAACUGA